UUCGCAAUGACGUCAGUCUCCUUAUUCGGAAGGAUGGGGAAAGGCGCGGGCAGCGUCAUGAUGUAACUGCGCGAUGACGCAGAACGCUUGCUCCGCUGUUGGGAGUCGCGCGGCGACUGGCGGUGGCGGUUAACGACAAUUUACAUUGGCAAAAUGUUGUCUUGCAUUCAGAAGCUUGAUGUCCACAUUAAUCUCCUGGGAGUAUAGAAACAAAGAUCAUUUGUUGAGGGAAACUUUGAUCAGCAUGGAUAAGCCCAAAAUAGAGUCUGCGUGGCAACGUCCAUAUGUGAAUAUCUUCAAGCACUUCAAAUUGGAAGAAUGGAAAAAAUCAACAAAGGAAGGGGAUGUCACAGGUGUUAUGGAUAAAACCCUGAAGUGCACAGUAUAUCGUAUCCGUGGUCCCAUCCCUCCUGCUAAUUACAUUCAGUUACCAAAAACUAGCACCCAAUCUCUUGGACUAGUUGGUCGCUACCUCUACCUCCUCUUCAAACCGAUUGUGUCCAAAUAUUUUGUGGUUCACUUUGAUGCAGUCACUGAGGGGAGUCAAGUUAUUCGGAUUUCAUUCUCCAACCUCUUCAAAGAGUUCAAAUCCACAGCCACGUGGCUCCAGUUUCCUUUUGUUUGUAGUGCAGUGGAAGGCUCUGUAUAUAAUGCCACCGCAAAGACUGCAAAACAAGACCUUGUCGGCCUUGCACCUCCUGGUGUGAAGUGGACAUGCCUGAUGAUGGACCUUGAGUAUCUUCUGUCAUUUUAUUUGAACCGACACUACAGCCAUCUAAAAAGCAUUAAGCUCUGCUCCAACAUGUUUGUUAAGAACAUCUUCACCAGUGACCUAGUAUUUGAGCCAAGUGUGACUGCCUUUAAGGCCAAACGGGCAGGAUUGGUGCUGCAUGACGUCUCCCCAGUGCCUCGAGAAAUGGCUUUCCUGGUGCCCAAAGGAGAAACUUGGCAUGAUAUUUAUGAUUAUAUCAGGUUCCCAUCAGAUGGAGUUAAGAUGCCAUUCGACUCCAUUCAAAAGGGACAGUCCAGCCCACAUAAAAAAGAUCAUCCAACACAUUGCACUCCGGUUAGAGCAAAUCCACCCACAGUGAGUGUCAGUAAGGCAGUACAAGACAGAGUUUCUCUCAUCCAACAAAUUACCAGUCCAAAGACCGUUCCUUGUAGACGUUGGCGAUCCUCUCAGAUCAUUACAAACAUUCCAAAAGUACACUUGGAUACAACUGUAUUACCCCAUUGUGACAAAGAGAUCAGAGAAAGUGGGGAUGAAGCCACAGCUAUAAGUGAUGAAAGUGCAAAAUUAAUUCCAGUGGAUGAUGGUGGAAUUCAUGUCUUUGCGGGUCAAAGUGGUAGGGUUUCGGUUGAAAAAUGCAGCGGUGAUACAGAGGAGGUUGUAUGCACUAAGGUUCCUACACCUACCAGGUUUAUUUGUCAGAAGUUUAAAGACCAUAAGGGGCUGCAGCCAGACCCAAUACUGAAAUUAAAGAGGAUUAUUGGCUUUGGAGGGUGCACUAUGAAAUGUGCAGCAUGGAAUAAGUCUGGAUCAGCUGUGGCUUACCCCUGUCAUGCCAUAGUAGUGGUAAUGGAAAUAGAUACAGGGCAGCAGAGAUUUUUCAUUGGACAUACAGAUAAGGUUUCUGCUUUGUCUUUUAAUGGCACCUCAACACUUCUUGCAUCAGCACAGACUGGGAAUGUGAGUCUGGUCAGAAUUUGGAACUUUAACAAAGGGAACUGCCUGGCAAUGUUCAAGACCCAUGUACAUUCGGUAUUAUCCCUUAGUUUUUCAUUCAGUGGAAGAGUUCUCUGUGGUGUGGGAAAGGACAGUCGUGGUAAAUCAAUGGUUGUAGUUUGGGACACAGCAAAAGUCAGUCGGGAUGGCGAAGUAGUAGUGUUGGCAAAAGCUCACACUGAAGUCGACAUUCAGGUCAUGAAAAUAGCUGUUUUUGAUGACACCAGGAUGGUGUCAUGUGGAAGAGAUAACAUCCGCCUGUGGCGAGUUCGAAGUGGAGCACUGCGAUCUUGCCCAGUAAACCUGGGUGAAUAUCAUUGUUUGGAAUUUACAGAUGUUGCUUUUGAAGAGGGGCAUCUGGCUGACAAAGAUCCUGCUGACCGAAUGCUCUUUGCAUGCAGCAAAAGUGGGCACAUCAUUGAAAUUGAUUAUAAAAAUGUUGUAAUUAAGAAUGCUCGUCGCUUGUUUCCCUCACAACAAAAGCAUUCACACCAACGAGAAACAGUGACAUUUAAUUCAGGUGCUGGUAUUGCCAUCAAUAGUAUCAGUGUUUCCGCUGCAUUCUGCGCCACAGGAUCUGACGAUGGUUACUUGCGACUUUGGCCCUUGGAUUUCUCCACGGUCUUUCUGGAAGCAGAACACGAAGGUGGUGUUAGCUUUGUAAGUAUUGACCCUAAUGGACUGAAAGUGCUUGCAGCAACCACUGCAGGUAACCUAGGAUACCUGGAUAUACCCAGCAGAGGUUAUACCACAUUAAUGAGGUCACAUACAAACAAAAUUCUGGCUUUCUCAGUGGAUGGGAUAAGGAGGCAUCUUGUUACUGUGUCUGAAGACUGCACCAUCCGUGUGUGGGACCUAGACUCUAUGCAACAGUUGUACGACUUUGUGAGUGCUGAAGAGACACCGUGUGCUGUGACAUUUCACCCUACACAGCAAAUUUUUGCUUGUGGAUUUAGCAGUGGAGUAGUGCGAAUUUUUAAUGUGGGGAAUUCAAGUCUUCUGGCUGAGCAACGGCAGCACAGAGGAAAAGUGAUUGGACUUGUGUUUUCCCCCAAUGGAGAGUAUAUGUACAGUGCUGGGUCUUUGGGUUCGUUGGCCCUGUACAAUGCAACUGAAGAGGGUCACCAUGUUAUCAGGAUCUUGGGUAAUGUUGUGGCAAGAGGCAGUUAUCAUGGUCCAGAUGCACUAACAGUGAGCAGUGACAGCCGUUACUUGGCUUUUGUGGGCCCAUCUGAAUAUAUAGUCACUGUGAUGGAUGCUCACUCAUUAGAUGAGAUAAUGCUUAUAGAUGUCAGUAUUCUGGACCUGGAGACAACCACCCUUGACACAGCUCUCAAAGUCUGCUAUUCGUCUGCUGCAAUUAACCAGCUGCUUGUGACCACCUCCUCUAAUAAGAUUCUGUGGCUGAAUGCAAAGACAGGGAAAUUAAUUCGGGAGGUUUGUAAUAUACACAAGACAGUCUCCACAUCUUUAGCUGUGAGUGAAGACAUUCAGUACCUCCUGACUGCAGGGGAGAAGGUCAUUAAAGUCUGGGAUUAUCAUAUGAAGCAGGACAUUAAUUUUCAGGAUCUUGCCUCAGCUUCAGGAAAUCAGAACAAGACUGGCUGUUCUAUCUUCAUUUGGAAUGUGGCAGGUGGCUGCUGUAAGACGGUUCUGUGUCAGCACACAACAGAGGUACAAGCCAUGGCUUACUCCAGAGAUGACCGGCUCUUCAUGUCUGCUGGAGAUUACAGGGAUCUCACAAUUGCUCUAUGGGAUACCAGGAAGUAUGAGUUGUUGUCAACAACAAGAAUAUCAAAUCCUCUCCAUGAUUUAGCAUUUGAUCCGACUGCGGUUAAUGAAUUUGCCUGUGUUGGAGUAGGAGGAGUGCAUUUCUGGCUGGUGGAGCAGACUGGUAAUGAGGUCCAACUCAAGGUUCACAGAGUCUCAAUCCCGGAUGAAGUUGGUGCUGAUGAACUCACAGCAUUGUGCUAUAACAGUGAUUCAGUUCUUUAUACUGCUACCAACACUGGGAAAAUCUGCGCAUGGGACACCCAACAGAAUAGGUGUUUCAUGACUUGGGAUGCAGAUGAGGGGGAGAUUGGGAUUGUGCAAAGUCGAAGGUAUCGCCUGAUGACUGGCAGUAACACAAAGAAAAUCAGGCUCUGGGCAGUCGCUGCAGUACAGGAGAUGAGACUUGAGGGCACAAGAGCAAGGUCAAAUUCAGUACUCCUGGAACAUGAAAUGAUUCUGGAUGGUACAAUAGUUAGUGCAGUCUUUGAUGAUAUCAUGAACAUGGGUAUUGUGGGGACCACAGCAGGAACUCUCUGGUAUAUAAACUGGGCUGAAAACACCAGCAUCCGACUUAUCAGUGGCCACAGAAACAAGGUUAACCAAGUGACUUUUAGCCCUGAUGAAAGUCAUUUUGCCACAUGUGCAGAGGAUGGCAGCUUAAGAGUGUGGGUCAUGCACACCACCGAGCUGGUGGUUCAGUUUCAUGUUCUUAAUCAGAGCUGUUUAUGUAUGGCAUGGAGCCCAGUAGUCCACUCGAGGAAAUGUGCUGACAAACAGCAAAUUGUGGCAGGAUAUAGUGAUGGCACAAUACGUUUCUUUGGAAUAUUGAAAACUGAGAUGGAAUUGAAGAUUCAUCCCCAUCCUGUGGCAGUCAGUGCCAUUGCAUAUUCAAUGGAUGGUGAGGUUAUCAUUUCAGGAGGUAAGGAUGGUCUGAUGGCUGUGAGUAGUUCUCGGACAGGAAUCACUAUUCGUGUCAUCAGUGAUCAUAAAGGUUCGCCGAUUACUGCCAUCGAAUGUACACGGAAAAAAUAUGACGAAUUUGGACUUGAUGGAUGUGAAAUGUGGUUGGCUGUCAGUUCAGAUCGACGUGUUAGUGUUUGGGCUACUGAUUGGCACAAAGACCAAUGUGAGCUUAUUGAUUGGUUGACGUUCCCAGCACCUAUUAAAUCGGAGCUCUGUGACAAAAGUACCCUCCCUCCGAGCUUGGCUGCCUUUUCACGCAGUCAAAGUGGGAUAGUGGUGUAUGUGGGAUUUGGAGCGAAACCAGAGAUCAUACUGUACAAUCUAUAUAAAAAGCAGACAAUUAAAAAGAUACCUUUGCCUCAAUGGGCCACAAGUAUGAGCCCCUCUCCUGGAGGGCAGUUUAUUGCCAUUGGGACCAAUGGGAGACUUCUGAAACUAAUUCAAUACCCAUGUGGAAAAUUCCAAGAUUUCGCUGGGCAUAAUGAUAUUGUUCACUUCAGUCAAUUCACACCUUCUGGGAAGUUUCUCCUCUCUGUCGCAUACAAUGAGGUGCUCGUCUGGGAGGUCCAGAAUCUACAUAGCAAUCAUACCCAUAUACAUUAUCUCUAAAUCCCCACAGCAAACAUGGAUGAGGUAUUAGCUGUAUGACAGCUCGUAUAAAUAGACCCCCCUUUAUAAUGCUGCGUGACCAUCACAGAUUUAAUUUCAUUCUUUGCAUAGUAGAGAAUUCAUAAUGUGGCUCAAAUCUUCCAGUUUUACAGUUCACAAGACUGUGUUUUGUAAUGGGCAUCUGCUAGUACAGGAGGUAAAAUAAAGUAAUGUAAAAUAUUGGUGUUAAAAUCAUUAUUAAAUGGUGUAGUUGAUGCUCUGCAUACAGGGAGUUUUAAAUGAAUGGUUACACUGAGGAUUUUUAAAUUAAGGUUAGCUGAGCAAAGUUUUAUUGCAAGAUUGUACUUAUGAAUUAAUAAUUGUCAUUUAAUAUUUUUGUUAUAAAGUGAUUUUUGUAUUUUUUCAUAAAUAAAACUUUGCAGCUGAUAUCCAAUAUGAGUGCGGAUUCUGGAUUUGUGGUGGCUAGUUCUGCUUAAUUGUAUUUGAUGAA